UUACAGCAAUAACGGCAAAUACUAACAGCGGCGGAGAGCCGAAAGCGUUUUGCAAAUCAACAUUGCUUGCUUUAUGACGAGAGUUGAGCGCUCGUCGGAUUCCGUUUCAGUGCCGCUUUGUCCGUUCGCGAUUGCGUUCUCAAUACUACGUCUCGUCUCUCGUCUCUCGUCUCGUCUCUCGUCUUCCCCCACCAUCAGUCGUGCUCCACCUGUGCCGCCUCCAUCAACUGUCAGAGCCAACGUGGAGUGUUUGUGUGUCUGUGUGGCCUAACCUUUAAGCCUUCUGGUUUGGCCCGAUUUCCCUCGGUUCAGUGCAAGGCUAAAUCAAAAAUAACCACGAGGGCUAGUUGGGAAAGAGAAGAACUACACAACCGAGCCACCACUGCACCACUGCACCACUGUCAACGACACCACCGAUCACAGCAAUAGCUGCCACACAGCACAAUCGCCCAAACUCCCAGCAGCACGAUGGAUCUGAAGCACAGCGGCACUGGAGCCGCUGAGAACACUGAUUCCUAUAUGGCUGCCAGCAAAUCCACAGACAUGAUCUCGCCCAAGGAGAAGGAGAGUAAGGGGGCCAAGGUGGGAGUGGGCGUGGGAACGGGAACGGGAUCGGGCAACGCUCCUCCAGAAGGCUACAAAGUCUACGCCCGCCGCUGGGCGGUGCUCAUUCUCUUUGUCUUAUAUUCAGCCUCGAAUGCCAUGCAAUGGAUACAAUACACCAUCAUCAACAACAUAAUCACACGCUACUAUGGCAUUAGCGACAAGUGGGUGGACUGGACGUCCAUGAUUUAUAUGAUCCUGUAUAUACCACUUAUUUUUCCUGGCAGUUGGUUCUUGGACAAAGUGGGUCUACGUAUAACCGCCCUAGUCGGCAUCGUUGGGACCUGCAUAGGGGCCUGGAUAAAGGUCUGUUCGGUGGAUCCGUCGCUCUUCUACGUUAGCUUCAUUGGCCAGUCGAUUGUGGCCCUUGCCCAGGUGUGCAUCCUCUCGCUGCCAGCCCGCUUGGCCGCCGUUUGGUUCGGACCCGAUCAGUGCUCCUCGGCCACCAGUGUGGGAGUGUUUGGCAACCAGCUGGGCGUGGCGAUUGGUUUUGUGCUGCCACCGAUGCUGGUACCGAACUCCGAAGAUCUGGAAACGGUGGGCAAGGACCUGCAGAUGAUGUUUUACAUGGUGGCCGGACUCACCAGCGUUCUGCUUGUCCUGAUGGUGCUAUUCUUCCAGGACAAGCCACCGACCCCGCCGUCGGCCGCCCAGGAGGCUUCCCAGCGGCUGGAGGGUAACGAAGCGGAGCAGGUCAGCUUUAUGCAGUCGCUGAAGAAUCUGAUUACCAAUCGCAACUUCAUCCUACUGCUGCUCUCCUACGGCAUCAACGUGGGUGUCUUCUACGCCAUCUCAACGCUGCUCAAUCCGGUUGUUCUCAAGUAUUAUCCCAACCAUGAGGUGGACGCUGGCCGCAUUGGCCUUAGCAUUGUUCUGGCUGGCAUGCUGGGAUCUGUGGUCUCUGGCAUUGUGCUGGACAAAACGCACAAGUUCAAGGAGACGACGUUGGCGGUGUAUGCACUCUCCAUGGUCGGCAUGUGGAUAUUUACCUUCACCCUGGACACAGGACACAUUGCGGUGGUGUACCUAACGGCAUCUCUGCUAGGCUUCUUCAUGACCGGGUACUUGCCGGUGGGCUUUGAGUUUGGCGCCGAGCUAACGUUCCCCGAGCCGGAGGGCACAUCGUCCGGGCUGCUAAAUGCCUCGGCCCAGACCUUUGGCAUUUGCUUCACACUCUUCUACUCGGAGAUCUUCACAGCAUUCGGGGACAUUGCCGCCAACACCACCAUGGCGGUGAUGCUGAUUGUAGGCACAAUUAUUACGGCCGCCACCCGAUCCGAUCUGAGGCGCCAGAAUGCCCACGCAGGAAGUGCGGCUGGCAACCCAUAAAUACCCCAUCCACCUCCACACCCACACCCAAACCCACUAUCCUCAGCCACAUCCACAACCACAACCACACCAGCUCAGAGACAGGAUCUGUCGACUGUUUUUAUGUAUAGUACGAGUAUUCUGCGCAUAUCAAUUGUUUAACAUUUUAAUUUAUUUUACUCAUUGUUUACUGUAUGUACACUUCCUUUGUAGCCUUAAGUGUUGAAUUAUGAAAUGUUCAUUAAAGAUGCACAAAAACACACCCACCCACACACACACACACACUAUGAGUAAGGUUAGACAAAUAUUUUUUAAAUUUUAUAUUGGCCAAGGCAUAAGAUUUAGUCAGUAAUACUUUUGCAAUACAAUGACUUGCAACGAAAUUCGCUUUGUCCCUUCUGUUGCCACUGCACCGGCCAUGCCCCACCACACUAAACAGAGGAUACCACAAGAUAUACUGUCACACACCCUGUUAAAUAGCAAAUAUCUAUCCCCCUCAGUAUUAUAGCCACCAAAUAUUGUAGAGAACUACUUGUAUUGUAUCGAUCGGUUGAGGAAACCCAAACCUACUUAGUUAUGUUUGAGUGGCCAAGGCAAAACUAUUACCAAACAGUAGCGGGCUGGGGACUUUAGCUUCCCCUCCCCCAAAAUAUAUGAACUUCAAUACACCGACCCGAUCCAGAAGAGCACACUCGCUAUCGUUGUACAAAGCACGAGAAUAUCCUGCGAAUAUCUGGCAUAUCUGGCAAACUGUAAUCAUUUUGGAGAAUUUACAACCACCAAGCGUCUGGCCUGCAACCUGCAACGAGCAGACAGACAGAUUAGAGUCAAACAAACACAAUAUACACACAAUAUACCUACAUAUACAUAUAUCCAAUAUAUAUACAUAUAUAAAAUAUGAUAUCGUUGUGAACUAGAGAAAAACUUACGAGGGAAAAGUGUAUUCAAAUUUUGUAGAUAGCCUUUAGGCCAAUGGCCACCUGACAUAUGUAUGUAUGGAUGUACGUAACCUAAUCGCCAACAAAACUAGCGUCAAUUCAA